AACUGCGCAGGCGCGGUACCGAGGCGAGCAUGAAUGGAGGAAAAUGGCGGAUCAUGUGCAGAGUUUAGCCCAGCUUGAGAUACUUUGUAAACAGCUGUAUGAAACCACUGAAACAUCUACGCGACUACAGGCGGAGAAGGCCCUGGUUGAAUUCACCAACAGCCCGGACUGCCUGAGUAAAUGCCAACUACUCCUAGAGAGAGGAAGUUCAUCGUAUUCACAGUUGCUGGCAGCAACCUGCCUUACAAAGCUUGUCUCGCGAACAAAUAACCCUUUGCCUUUAGAACAGCGUACAGACAUACGAAACUAUGUGUUGAAUUACUUGGCGACCAGACCAAAACUAGCAAGCUUUGUAACGCAAGCACUCAUCCAACUCUUUGCCCGAAUCACCAAACUGGGCUGGUUUGACUGCCAGAAGGAGGAGUAUGUCUUUAGGAAUGUCAUUGCCGAUGUCACAAGAUUUUUGCAGGACAGUGUUGAGCACUGUAUUAUAGGAGUCAUGAUUCUUUCCCAGUUAACGAAUGAAAUAAACCAGGCUGACACUACACAUCCACUGACCAAACAUAGGAAAAUUGCUUCGUCAUUUCGAGACGCAUCGCUGUUUGAUAUUUUCACGCUUUCUUGCAAUUUACUAAAGCAGGCAUCAGGAAAGAGCUUAAAUCUGAACGAUGAAAGCCAACACGGUCUUCUAAUGCAGCUCCUUAAACUAGCCCACAGCUGCCUCAACUUCGACUUCAUUGGCACGUCAACAGAUGAGUCGUCGGACGACCUCUGUACUGUCCAGAUUCCAACCAGCUGGAGGUCAGCUUUCCUGGAUUCAUCAACCCUGCAGUUGUUUUUCGACUUGUACCAUUCCAUCCCUCCGUCACUGUCCCCUCUGGUCUUAUCUUGUUUAGUACAGAUCGCUUCAGUCCGGAGGUCACUAUUUAACAAUGCAGAACGUGCAAAAUUCCUCUCUCACCUCGUGGAUGGCGUGAAGAGAGUUUUAGAAAAUCCACAGAGCUUGUCCGACCCGAACAAUUACCAUGAGUUCUGCAGGUUAUUGGCGCGACUGAAGAGUAAUUACCAACUGGGAGAGCUGGUGAAAGUGGAAAACUACCCUGAAGUCAUCCGCCUAGUAGCCAAUUUCACUGUAACUAGCCUUCAGCAUUGGGAGUUUGCCCCUAACAGUGUGCACUACCUGCUGAGCUUGUGGCAACGCCUGGCUGCCUCAGUACCAUACGUCAAAGCCACAGAGCCACACAUGUUGGAGACGUAUACGCCUGAGGUCACCAAAGCCUACAUCACCUCCAGACUAGAAUCCAUUCACAUCAUUCUGAGGGACGGGCUGGAAGACCCGCUGGACGACACUGGACUGGUUCAGCAGCAGCUGGACCAGCUCUCCACCAUCGGCCGCUGUGAAUACGAGAAGACCUGUGCGCUGCUGGUGCAGCUUUUCGAUCAGUCCGCUCAGACGUACCAGGAGCUAUUACAGAGCGCAAACGCUAGUGCCAUAGAUAUCGCGGUACAGGAAGGUCGACUGACGUGGCUGGUUUACAUCAUUGGGGCAGUGAUUGGGGGCCGAGUUUCCUUUGCUAGCACGGACGAGCAGGAUUCAAUGGAUGGGGAGCUCGUAUGCCGAGUUUUGCAACUGAUGAACUUGACUGAUUCCCGACUGGCACAGGCUGGCAAUGAGAAGCUGGAACUGGCCAUGCUCAGCUUCUUCGAGCAGUUUCGCAAAAUCUAUAUCGGAGAUCAGGUUCAAAAAUCAUCCAAGUUGUAUCGCAGGCUGUCGGAGGUCCUGGGACUCAACGACGAGACAAUGGUCUUGAGUGUCUUCAUUGGGAAAAUAAUCACCAACCUGAAAUACUGGGGGGGGUGUGAGCCAAUCACCUCAAAGACUCUACAGCUGCUGAAUGACCUCUCCAUUGGAUACAGCAGUGUCAGGAAGCUGGUAAAACUCACUGCCGUUCAAUUCAUGCUAAACAAUCAUACAAGCGAGCACUUUUCAUUCCUGGGCAUCAAUAACCAAUCCAACCUGAGCGAUAUGCGUUGUCGAACAACCUUCUACACAGCACUUGGGCGAUUGCUUAUGGUCGAUCUAGGGGAGGAUGAAGACCAGUUUGAGCAGUUCAUGCUUCCCUUAACCGCAGCGUUCGAGGCAGUAGCACAAAUGUUUAAUUCAACCACAUUCAAUGAACAAGAUGCUAAGCGAACGUUGGUUGGCCUGGUGAGAGACCUGAGGGGUAUCGCUUUUGCCUUCAAUGCAAAGACCAGCUUUAUGAUGUUCUUUGACUGGAUUUACCCUGCCUACAUGCCGAUACUACAGCGCGCCGUGGAGCUCUGGUACCACGACCCAGCCUGCACAACCCCCAUUCUCAAGCUGAUGGCCGAGUUGGUCCACAACAGGUCCCAGCGGCUGCAGUUUGAUGUUUCUUCACCGAACGGGAUCCUCCUUUUUCGAGAGACUAGCAAAAUGAUCACAACAUAUGGUAACCGGAUCCUCACCCUGGGGGAAGUUCCCAAGGACCAAGUAUAUAGACUGAAGUUGAAGGGGGUUUCUAUAUGCUUCUCCAUGUUGAAGGCAGCUCUCAGCGGCAACUAUGUCAAUUUUGGUGUCUUCCAUCUCUACGGUGAUGAUGCCCUCGACAAUGCUCUGCAGACCUUCAUCAAACUCCUGCUGUCCAUCCCCCACAGUGAUCUACUGGAUUAUCCCAAACUCAGCCAGUCAUACUAUUCCUUAUUAGAAGUUCUCACUCAAGACCACAUGAAUUUUAUUGCCAGUCUAGAACCCCACGUUAUCAUGUACAUUCUCUCCUCAAUUUCAGAAGGACUCACAGCACUGGACACGAUGGUUUGCACGGGUUGUUGCUCGAGCCUGGACCACAUAGUAACUUACCUCUUCAAGCAACUGUCUCGUAGCACAAAGAAGCGGAACACACCGAUAUCACAGGAGAGCGACCGCUUCCUACACAUCAUGCAGCAGCACCCGGAAAUGAUACAACAGAUGUUGUCCACAGUUCUCAACAUCAUCAUUUUUGAAGACUGCAGGAAUCAGUGGUCUAUGUCACGCCCUCUGCUUGGAUUAAUUCUCUUGAAUGAAAAGUAUUUUGCAGAUCUGAGGAACAGCAUAGUGAACAGCCAACCACCAGAGAAGCAGCAAGCCAUGCACCUCUGCUUUGAAAACUUGAUGGAAGGGAUUGAACGGAACCUAUUGACAAAGAACAGAGACAGGUUCACACAGAAUCUCUCGGUGUUCCGAAGGGAAGUGAACGACUCGAUGAAGAAUUCAACGUACGGUGUCAACAGCAACGACAUGAUGAGCUGACGUCCGUCCUGCUUGGCAACCCUCCGCUGGGCUGCGUUUCCAAUCCAGUUGCAAGAGGUCGAAGGGAGCGGUGGGGUGGGAUGGGGGGCGGCAGGGAGAGAGGCGAUGAAGGGUUUUGGAAGAAGGUCAGAGAUAGCUGAAGGCGAGUCCCUGCACCUUCUCCUGGUGUUGAAGAGACCCUCAUCCGGCCCUCCGACCAUGGGACUGGUCGCAAACGCCCUCCCUGUAGUAUCCUGGCAGGGAGGGUCUUUGUGCUCAUCCCACAUCUGCCUUGUAUAAACUUGUACAUUUUUUUUCUUAAGACAUUUUCAACUGUUUAUAUGAAAUCAGUUAAAAAAACAGAAAAGUUGUGAUUGAAAUUUUUAGAGUUGGAAGCAUGAUGAUGUGAGACUCAAAUGAGUGAAGUACAUGGGGCAGAAUGUGUGGGUGUCCAGUUAGAUACAGAAGUCUGUAUAAUCGAAACACCAGAUGUAAAAGUCCAUAACUCAGUACCCAUCUAAAACAGUGCACACUAACCCGAUGUUAGUCAUUCCCCACUUCAAUUGCGAUUUCUGCUUGAGGUACAGAGUAUUCCAGCAGUGAUAAAGGAAUAGUUCCAGGAGGUGACAGGUGUUGCUGCUAAUGAUGUGUUGAGCACAGCUCAUUUAUAUCCACAUAGCAAAAGAAACCAAUGGAUUAUAUAUUUUUAUUGUUCCUUACAACUGAAUGUUCUGACUAAACACGUUUCCAAAUUGCUGCGUGAUCAGGUAGCUGGUUGGUAUGUAAGAAUGUUUGCUGCAUCUAGUGUAAGCAUUGUGUCUGCAAAUAAAACUUCAAUGGUUUGUACUGAAA